AUGUACCAUCGGCCACGUCGCGCUUUGCUUACACCGAUUAAAAAACCUUUCUUUUUUCAGACAAAAGAUUUUGCCGUGUUAAUGAAUGGUUGUUUGUUGCAUUUUUCGAAAUAUUUUGGUGCUAGUUCACGUUUUUUUAUACGAAAGCGACGAAAUCUUUUUACGGAAGCAUUUCGAUUAAAUAAUGAAUGGAACGAAAGACACGAAGAUUUUGAACGUUUUUCGCUUGGUACGAGUUACGAAUGGAUUACUGCGGUACAGAAGAAAUAUAUUGGAGGUGCUCUAGCUAGUGCUGUCGAUGUUGACUUGGCAAUAUGUGGAGCAACAGAAAUUGAUCAAUUGGACGAAGUUGUUGAUUUGGCUUAUAAAUUACGACAUUCAUCGAAUACAGCGGAUAUGUUACCUUCAACUGAAUAUGCUUUAACUCGAAUUUUAGUCGAUCAUGAUAGGAUGGAUUUACUUUUCAAAGUCAUCGGUGAUCCAAUUAAUUAUGGGAUAUUUUUUAAUGAACAUUCAGCAUGUCUUGCGAUCGAUCAUCUGCUUAAAAGUGGCAAAAUUUCUGGGGCUGCAAAAAUUGCGAGUACGGUUAUGUUACAAGAAAUGUUUUCAUCUAAACUAUUAAAUUUGAUUUGCAUUUAUUCUCUGUUAAAAUGGUUUGAAAUGCCUAGCGAAGAACGAGUCGAAAUUUGCGAUCCAAUUUCUGAACAAGAAGAAGAUGUUAGAGAUGACGAUAUAAAAAUAUUUAAAUUUCCUUAUCUGAAAAAUCAUUACAACGACGGACAUUUCGAUAUUACUGAUCCCAAUAAGCUCAUUGGCAAAGCUUUGGUGUGGUUUUCUUAUCAUUUACCUAUAGAAGUAAAAGUCAUUCAUAAUAUUCGCCUUAUUGGAAAUGUUUUUCUUGAGAAUUUGGAUUCUGUUCGUUCUGCUUUAUUAAAGCGAAGUGUUUUAUCACCAUCAGCUGAUAUUUGCUUAUCGAGAAUCAGUGAAUUAAUAGAAAUCAAGAAAGAAGACAAUAAUUCUGUGAAUAUUUAUGAAAAAAUUAAAGUUGUAGAGGAACGGAAUGAAAAGUUAUCUGAAACCAUUAAAAAGAAAUUUUUGGAAGUGCAGCAAUAUGAGGAAUCUAAAUUAAAGAAUGAGCAAAUUGAACAUUUUAGAAAAUGGAGGGAACUUCGACAGACAUUGAUUGAAGCCCAGGCUGAGCGAAUAAAUCUCAAACUCAAACUCGAGCAGCUGAAGAAGGAACUUAAUGAAAUUGAAAUGAAGAAAGAAAUGAUGUAUUUCUUUGAAAAUCGUCUAAAAUGGGAAAAUUUGGCCGAGCAAAAAACUCAAGCACUUGAAUCGUUAAGUGAUGCGAUACUCAAUAAACAAGAAGCAGAAGCAAAAUAUGCCAGAGUUACAGCAGUGGCGUCGAAGGAAUUACAAGCACGUUGUCGUCUUUUGGCUGAAAGAAUAUCGGAAAGUAUACAUAUCAUUGAUCACGACCCAUCGUUAGCGUUGUACAGGCUACAGGAGCAUAUUGGUAAAUCUUUGCCUGUGUUAGUUAAUCGCAAAUAUAUAAUGAUGGAAGCAAAUGCUCAACUUCAGGGCGCUUGUUUUGAUUUGGACAACGAUUUAGCGUCAUUGCAAGCAGUGAAAAAUUCUUCGUCUACUUUCUCGAAUAUCCAAGCAAUUUUAAACGAUUGUGUUUUCUAUAUGCUACAGAUAAAUCAUAAUGCAUCGUUAGUACCAUUUAAUCUGUGUUUAAAUCUUGAUUGUUUCUUUCAAAUUUAG